AUGAGUGACACUCCAAGUUCACCAGUUGACAUGAUAUGUCGCUCCAUGAAGCGAUUCUUCCACAUCAAGGUGUUCAUGCUGGUGCAACAAAGAAAGGCUUGCUGUAGUAGUCCCAUGCUCGUACAACACAGUGGUGAGUUCCCUGCGUGCGAUUUGAGUCGUUCUAGGGGUUUUGCACUGAAACUCAACGAGUCAGGUGAGUUUCAGGGCUCGAAACGCACCCGUCUUGACCUUCCGUUGAAGGGAACCGGUCACAAUUACAAAUCUUGUUUCUGCAGAGAGUGGCUUCAAAUUCAAAAAAAGUCCCAGACUUUCCGAAAUUCCCAGGAGGUUGUUCCCAAGACGGGAGAUGACAACCGUUGUUUCCAACAUGAUCCUGCUAAGCCAUAUAGGACCUGA